UCCCGAGAGUUGCUUUUUCUGACGAGCAAAGUGUUCCCGUGCCGCUGCGUGUUCGACGAGGCUCCAGCUGCUUCGACCAGCUCUAUGGUUUUUCUGACUGGUCCAAGCCUGUGAUUUUGGCAUCUGACCGAAGGAGAGGUCGGUGGCAUAUCAUGGGAAGUGCCCUUUCCGCCGGCAACGUGCUCGGCUGUGAUGGAGGAGUCAUGUCGGCCUUGAGCGCUUAGAGUCAGCGGGGGGACACAGAGGCUCCUGUGUAACGAGAGAGAGAGAGGCCUCCCUGUGCUGUGACUCAGAUGAACACAGCAGUUGUCGGGGAAAAGAUGACCCAAGAACAGUGCACUCAUAGGAACAAUGUCCAGAGUUCAGAGAAACCACAAGUGUACAAAGUGGGGAUUUAUGGCUGGAGGAAGCGCUGCCUUUACUUCUUCGUCCUGCUGCUGAUGAUCCUGAUCCUGAUCAACUUGGCGCUAACUAUCUGGAUCCUCAAGGUCAUGAACUUCACCAUCGACGGAAUGGGCAACCUGAGAAUAACCGAGAAGGGCCUGAAACUGGAAGGGGACUCGGAGUUCCUCCAACCCCUCUAUGCCAAAGAAAUCCAGUCCAAACCAGGCCGCCCGCUGUUGCUGCAGUCGUCCAAAAACAUCUCGGUCAACAUUGUCAACGGCAACAACCAGCUGCUCACGCAACUCGUAACAGGAUCCAGUGGAUUUAAAGCACGAGGCAAGACGUUUGAAGUCAAGUCCACCUCCGGCAAGCUCCUGUUCUCCGCCGACGAGCAGGAGGUGGUGGUGGGCGCCGAGCGGCUCCGGGUGAUGGGGGCCGAAGGAGCCGUGUUCAGCAAAUCGGUGGAGACGCCGCACGUCAGGGCCGAGCCCUUCAAAGAGCUGAGGCUGGAGUCCCCCACCCGCUCCCUCCUGAUGGAGGCUCCCAAAGGCAUCCAGAUCCUGGCGGAGGCCGGAGACAUCCAGGCCAUCUGCAGGAACGAGCUGCGGCUGGAGUCCAAGGACGGAGAGAUCUCCCUGGACGCCCGGAGGAUUCGCCUGAUGCGGCUGCCCGAGGGGAAGGCCUCCACCAGCUCCUCGGCCUCCGGAACCCGGCAGGCCGUCUACGAGGUCUGCGUGUGUCCCAACGGGAGGCUUUUCCUGUCGCAGGCCGGCACCGAAUCCACCUGCCAGAUCAGCAACAACGUCUGCCUCUAGGACUCGGUGCACACGAGGGUCAACGAGUAGGGCAGGAACACACAAGGACUGCCUGCGCUGAGGGAAACACCGACGACCUGUACCUGUACAGACACACACCCACAUUCAAGUUACACUCUCAGACCGAGGUUUAGGCUGAGCCGAUAUGUUUUAACUGGCCACUACGGAAAGUGUUGGAUUCAAGCUGCUGACGGCUGGUCCUUUGUGCCGAUGUUUCAAUGCUAAAAGAUAUUUUCUCCUUUUAAUUUUGUACGUUUGAGAGUGAAGAACCUUUGAAAUCGACAUUUAAACCAUCACGGGACACUAAAACUAUCCACUGUGUGUCAUACCCAUCUCUCUAAGCUCUUUAUACACACAGCACUGCAGGAGUUAUUGGGCUUUUAAACUGAAAUACAUGAAUAAAAGAAAAAAAAAAGGAAAUAAUUGCAGGUUUUCCCAACGUUUUUUUUUACACCACGGAGGUCAUAUUUUAGAACAUACAUCACAUUCUGACUGGCUGCAUCAUAAAAGAACGGCGACGGUAAUAUACUGGUCCGACCCGAGAGGACACACGACACUAAGAUGCAAACUAAAUCACACACACACACACACACGCACGCACACACACACACACACACACACACACACCGACACUCUUUGCUCCCAGGAGCCUCCUGGUAGAAACUGGGAGGAAAAUCUCCAGAGAUUCACUAGAAGAGACACUGAUCUGUUUCCCUUUCUCCCUCAAGCGCAUUUCUGUACGGGAAGAACUGCGGGCAUCACCCAUGGCAACAGGCCCCGCCCCUUUAUUCUGCUCCUUUUCUAUGAUGGUUGCCCCAGCCAUAGAUAAGUGAAGGGUGUAUACUUUUGCUGUUGCUCAUUUGGCAUUUCAAGCUCUGCAUGAGCACUUAAUGUCGUCCUACAUUCAGGAUAAAGGAGGAUUUAUUCGACAUGAGCACGAGUCAUGGAUGUAUUAUAAGAUCGAGAUACCAAAAUAGCACCAUUCAGACUGAUGUUAUCUGUUUCUAGCUCUCGUAGUUCAUCCAUUGGACUUUUUUCUUUGAAGUUAGACCUCUUAAGAACUGCCAUUUCAGUCCCAAGCAAAAUACCAGAUCCAGAAGUGUGUGUAAGCAUUGAGGUCUGUGAGUGUGUGAGAAUACUGAACCACGUGAGAACAGAGCAGUGAGGGGGGGGGGUCACCUAUUUAUAAACGAUCAGCCAGGCAGCACAUUGGCACACAGAGAAGUCCGUCCACUCGCUCUUUGUUUGGAUCUGUUCAAAGUGUGUCUUGACAGACUGUUUCACAUCAUUUUCACAACUGGGAUUAACUGUUAACCUUUGUUUUCAGUGUCACUAAAUGCUUCUGCUUCUUGGUUUGAUGUAAUCUUUUCUUGGUUUUAAUCUGAUUAGGAAGCUUCCGUGUUGCGCGGAUCGUGUGUCACACACGUGUGUCCCCUCGACCGGUUUCUGGCCCCUUGGGGCCUUUUUUACAAAAGGACAAACUAACUGUCGCCUGGCGCUCUGUUUGAAAGAGGCGAGCUGUGACUGUGCCUUAUGUCCAAGAAGAAGCACAUCACAAAGACUUUCUUUGGCAUCCCUGUGGGCGGGGUGGGGGGGGGGGGGACGACAACAUGUCUGACUUCUCUCCCUUCGUGUGAAGUGCAAAGACCUUCGGGCCACACGCGACCGGCUGGCGGCGCCCCGACUCUCGGCCGGAGGAUGUUGUCUGGAUUUUCUGUUCAGUGAUUCAAGAGGCAGACGUGUGACUGACAGCACUUAUCGCACAACACCUGGCUCAAAACAUCUGCUUCCUGGUCAAGGCCUGCUGGGUUGUUUUAUACUCCAUGUAGUUGGUGACUGCGGACCUGAACCCGUCGCUCAUGUGUUCAUUCACAUCUGAUGGUGAAAGUGUCGCGUUCUUUUGAACCCUCCUCCUCGCUUUGUUGCUGCAUAUUAAAGGACUCGAGCCUAUCUGA